AUGUCAGAGCGCUCUGGGCAAACUGCAAAGGGGAAGGAAGGCAAAGCCAAGUAUGCAUCCCUCAACCUGUUUGAUACGUACAAAGGAAAGAGCCUCGAAACACAAAAGCCUGUUGCUACCCCCCGCCAUGGCCUGCAGUCUCUUGGUAAAGUUGCCUCCGCGCGGCGUAUGCCUCCUCCUGCCAACCUGCCCAGUCUGAAGGCAGAAAACAAAGGCAACGACCCAAACGUCUCACUCGUUCCCAAAGACGGCACAGGAUGGGCAAGCAAACCGGAACAAGCGGACCCAAAGAGUACCGAUGCAUUGUCAUCAGCGCAGCCGGAGCCGCAGCCGCCUGCGGCUUCACCGAUGCCUGUUCCGACCCAACCGAGAACUCCCCCAGUCCCAGAGGCGCCAGCAGACAAGGUUAUGGCCCCGGUCCCAGUCCAGGCCGCAGGGGUAAGGUCCUGGGCUCAGGCCAGUGUUACACAUGGGACACCAGGGGACGGUGGAAAGGUAUCAAACCUACCGUCGCCGUUCUCUCGAGAGGAGUUUCCCACCCUGCAGGCGGCUGGAGACCCGGACAAAUCUGGCAAAGAACAGGGCACUGCAGAUCAGUGGUAUGGGCCCGGACCAAGCCUCCGCCCCCAGAACGUUACAAGCUGGCGGGACGGUGGGGGCCGCACACUGACCCUCACUGGGGAGGGGGCUGUGGACGGAGGCUCUGGAGGGGCUCUGGUCAUGGACGGGGCAGCGGGGGUCCCGCCUCAGAACCAGAACCAUGGGCCUCAGAGGAACCCUCCAGCCGGUAGUCCCGCCUUGGCCCUGGCCCAGCCCCCUGUGGGCCCGGGCUUCCCCGCCUACAGAGGAAUCAUGCCUCCAUUCAUGUAUCCUCCGUAUUUGCCCUUCCCGGGACCUUAUGGGCCUCAGGGGCCCUAUAGAUACCCUCCUCCAGGUGAAGGACCCACCCCAAGGUUUUCUCGAGGACAGGGUCCAGACCGGGCUCAGGCCCCUCGUGACACAGAGGCACUGAAGCGGCCCUCCAUCCUGAAGCAGGACGACCUGAAGGAGCUGGAUGAGCUCGACCACGACAACGACGAGGGCUGGGCAGGAGCGCAUGAGGAGAUUGAUUAUUCUGCCAAAUUGAAGUUCAGUGACGAUGAAGGAGAAGAGGAGGUGGAGGAGGACAAAGAAGACAAGAACGAUGAGACUCUUGAUCAAAUGCCUCAAGCCCCUCAAGUUGUGGAGAACAGUGACCUGCGACACACUCCUCCCUCUGCCGACAAUGGCGCCCUCCCCCCCUCCAGUAAAGCCGCCUGGGCCGAGGAGGGAGGCAGCGGCUGGAGCGGUCCUGGAGCUCCACCCAACUACCAGGGGCGCAGGCCUGGACUGAGCGGUCCUCGAGAGCAGCCCUCCCCUCCUCCAGGGGUGCUCCUCGCACAAGGGGCCUACUCCUUUUACCGACAGGAGCGGUCACACCAGGGAGGGGUCCUGGUCCCAGGGAAAGGCCCCUCUCCACACCCUCCAGCCGCAAGAGGGACUUCUCCUCAGGCGCUGCUUGGAGCGCAGGCCGACGAUGAGGAUGAGACCUGGCGUCAGCGCAGGAAGCAGUCGUCCUCUGAGAUCUCUGCUGCUGUAGAACGAGCGCGACGCCGGCGUGAGGAAGAAGAGCGGCGCAUGGAGGAAGAGCGGCGAGCGGCCUGCGCCGAGAAACUGAAGCGACUUGACGAGAAGCAGCAGCAGCAGGGCCCCAGCAGCAAGACGCCCAGCCUCGACGGGACGUCCACUGCUGCCACCGUCGGUAGCCCCAGCCCCUCACUGUCCGCCUCCUCCCCCAAUACCAGCCAGCCCCCCUCCCCCUGUGUGGACCUCGAGGAGCCCCCCCUUCCCCCUGCCCAGCCCCACCCUGGCCCCCAGGCUCCUCUGGUCAGUGAACGGCAGCGAGCCAGCAGCAACAGCAGCUACGACUCUGGAGCAGACGUGCAGCAGUGUCCUCCUGCGAUCGUGGCACAGCCGUUGCAGCCGCUGCAGCAGCCGCAGCAGCCGGUCCAGGAGAUCCCGUUACCAGAGGCAAAAGAGGACCCCAUCAGCAACGCUCACUUCAGAGCUGAGCGGGACCAGGUGAAGAUGGAGGUCAUAGGAGGUCGACAGUCCGGACCACCAGGACAAGGAUACUCCAAAUACCAGAAGUCACUCCCUCCGCGCUUCCAACGGCAGCAGCAGGAGCAGCUGCUGAAGCAGCAGCAGCAGUGGCAGGCCUCCCAGAGUCAGCUGUCCCCUCAGCCCCAGAGCCCUCAGCAGGGGCCAGGCCCAAAGCAGGGGCCCAUGUACAAACCUGGGAACAUGGUGCGACCGCCUCCUCUGCCCAUGAACUUUGACCCCCGCUGGAUGAUGAUGCCCUACAUGGACCCGAGGAUGAUGCAGGGCCGCCCCCCUCCCAUGGACUACUACCCCACGGGUAUGCACCCCUCUGGUCUGAUUGGACGUGAGCGCUCCGACUCGGGCGGCUCUGGCUCAGACCCUUUUGAUCGACAGCAACACCAGGGGCAUCCUCAUCGCGGCACCCCACCUAUGGAUCCUAAACUGGCCUGGGGUCCAGAAGUGUUUCCUGGAGCAGAAGGCCGCGGCCUCACGUCUCCUCUGAGGCAGAAACAGCCUCACGAUGAAGAGGAUGUGACCAAAGCCCCCAGGAGCGACACGCCGCCUCAUCGCGUGCGUGAUGGUGGUGUGGGCGCCGUGCAGCAGCCGAGCUCCGGGUCAAACCAGACGCCGCCUCCGGUCGGGGCGCAGGUCGGAACUCACCCGCACCACUACAUGAGCGGAAGAAGCAACUACAGCAACUUCCCCGACCAGGGGCCAAGGCCGCACCCGCAGCAGCGCGGUGCAGAGCGGAGCUUCGGGCCCCAGGAUGAGGGUCCCCCCCGGGGGCAGCAGCAGGGACAGAUCUGGGGGACACCGCACCCACACUACGACCGCAACGGGCGCCAGGAGCACCCUGAGCCCACCCCCCACCUCCAACAGUUCACUCUGCACCACAAGAACGAGAGGGAGCGCCCCACAGAGAACGCCCCCAAGAAGAGCGACGCCUCCCCCCCACUGCACCCCCCUCUAUCCUCCCCCAGAGACGACGCCAAACCCCACCCCCCUCUGCACCCACCGCCGGCUGCACGAGACGAGCACAGCGACCGCAGCUCCGCCCACAACGCUCAUACCACCCACUCGUCCCACAGUAAACAGGCCACAACCCCCAGCCCCACCCCAGCCCCACCCCCGCAGCAGCACCCGCAGCAGCACCCGCAGCAGCACCCGCAGCAGCACCCGCAGCAGCACCCGCAUGUCAAGUCAAACCAAAGAGGCCCCCGAGAACACAAGACUGAGACUCAGUGGGGUCCGCGGCCGGGCAGCAGUAACGCAGUGGGUCAUGGUCGUCGUGGAAACAGAGAUGACCCUGAACAUAAACCUCCUCAAACUGGAGGAAACUCUGGCAAACGAGCCGGUCCCAUCAAGAAACCAGCGCUCAAGGAAAAUAAGAAAGAAGAAACUGAAGCAGAAAAGUCCAGAGACAAAGAUCAGGAGGGAGCGGCUGCAGCCCCGGCCCCGAAAGAAGAAGCAAACCACAAACCAAGAAACCAGAAAGAGCGACCGUCCGGACGAGGCCCUAAAGAGGCGGAGCUCUCCUCCUCAGGUCCCAGAAGGGACCGGGAGCGCUCCUUUGAGCGGGCCGCCCCACAUGGGGGUCCGGCUAAAGGCCGUGGAGGUCGAGGGCGUGGAGGAGAGUUCUAUGGCAGGGGCCGAGGUUACAGAGGCUCCUACACCGGCAGCGCGGGAGCAGGAGGAGCGUCCCGCGGCAGGAUGAGCGGCCGCAGAGACUUCCGCUCUUCUGUGGGGCACCCCCCCGAGCCAAAGGAGGGAGGGGGGGGGCAGCACAGGCACGACCGAGCCCACCACAACCCUGGCAGAGCGCGCAACAGGAGCGAGACACGCAGCGAGGGCUCGGAGUAUGAGGAGAUCCCCAAGAGAAGAAGAGAGCGCGGCUCCGAGACGGGCAGCGAGAGCGGAGCCAGCGACGGCCCCUCGGACAAAGAAGACCCCAAACCAGCGCAUCCUCCUCGAGCCAACCAGACCCGAGUGUUUACCCCCCGCGGAGUGCCCUCACGCAGAGGCCGAGGGGGCGGCAGCAGUGGUGCAAAUGUGUACCGCGGCGGUGGCAACAUGGGGGGCCCUGGGGGCCACCGUGUCGGGCCAAUCUCUGCGCCGCACGGAGGCCCCAAGUCCUCAGGCCGCAGACCGCAACACCAGGGGCCACCCCCGGCCCCCAAAGACUCAGGACGAAGCGUAAACAGCGAGAAGAAAGAAAAGAGCAGCGAAGCAGGCCCCGCGCCCCCGCCGCCUCCACCUCAGCCUCUGCCGACGCCAGCGCCCGCUGAGAACGGCAGUGGCGUUGCACAAGUGUCCAACGCAGCGCUGAACACCAGUGCGCCGCCGCAGAACCGAGGGUUUCCACCAAGCGGCUUCGAGCGUCCACCGCGGCGCCGCCGCCACGGCCGCUCACAGCAUCAGCAGGACAAACCGCCGCGGUUCAGACGGCUCAAGGAGCGCGAGAACGCAGCACGCAUCAACGUUGGCGUGAUCGGGACCGGACGGCCGUCGUCUCCUUCUGUAAACGCUGUUACUGCAGAAACCAACGGGGCUGCAGUGCCCCCUUCAGGCAACGCCCCAAACUCCAACCACAACAACACGCUGAGCACCAACAACCACCACCACCACCACCACUACAACCAGGGCCCCCACCACCAUGGGGCCAAGUCCCCCGACUUCAACAACCAGAACUCGGACCAGGCCAACGAGGAGUGGGAGACGGCCUCCGAGAGCAGCGACUUCACCGAGUUCAGAGAACGAGACGGAAAGUUUCAUCACCACGGACACCACCCGGGCCGCGGUGGACACGCCGUCAGCGACAUGUCCGGGAAAGAGCCCGCCUCCAACAAGAGGAGCUUCUCCAGCCAGCGGCCCGGCAUGGAGCGGCAGAACCGCAGGGUGCCCCCUGGAGGAGGAGGAGGGAAAGGCCAGCGCAUGGGCCCCGGAGGAGGCCCCGGGGCCAACGGGGGCGGGAGAGGAGAGAAACGGGGCAACUGGCCCUCGCCGAAAAAUAGAAAGUGA